AUGGAGGAAACUGAUUAUCAUGCUCCAAUACCUCUGAAGCCUAAUUCUAAUAGUAAUGGAUUAAUAAUAUCCCACACUUACUCGCCUUUAAUUCGCAGUGGCUCUCCUAUCGACAUAGACGGUUUAAGUUGGCCGACUGUUUACCAACAGGCCAUUAAAACAAUUAUAGAGUGUAUUGGUGAAGAUCCUAAACGACAAGGGUUGUUGAAAACGCCUGAUAGAUAUGCUCAAGCAUUAAUGUUCUUUUCUAAAGGUUAUGAAGAGAGUAUUGAACAAAUCAUUAAUGAUGCGAUUUUCGAAGAAGAUCAUGAUGAAAUGGUCAUUGUUAAAAAUAUUGAUGUAUUCUCUUUAUGUGAACAUCAUUUGAUCAGUAUAGGUUACAUUCCAAAUCGUCGUGUUCUCGGUUUAUCAAAACUUGCUCGUAUCGCUGAGAUGUUUUCGAGACGACUUCAAGUUCAAGAACGUUUAACAAAACAGAUCGCUGUCACUUUGCAAGAAAUAUUAAAACCCCAAGGUGUAGCUGUUGUGAUGGAAGCUACUCAUUUGUGCAUGGUAAUGCGUGGUGUACAAAAACCUGGAAGUUCUACCAUCACAAGUGUUAUGUUAGAGUUAGAGAUACUAAAUUAUUAUAAAUCGCCGUCAAAGAACUCUCAAAAUAUUGCUACAAAUUAUUCCUAA